UGAUAAACAAGGUGUAGUAAAUUCUGAAUUAAAUAGGGAGAGAAAUACUUAUUCAAGGACCAAUUCUGUACUACUGUACACAGUUCAGGAGUCGCCACCUUGGUAUUUGUGCAUUCUCAUCGGAUUUCAGAUUAUGCUGUCAUCGUGAUGAGGAUGCGUACACCGGAUGCUGCCAUUUAGUGAUAAGAUAUUUUCCGAAAACGUGAUUAUUUUUCGUCAACAAGCACCUUUUAACUGCUCUUGGAAGUCUUAUUUCACUGCCAAUUCUACUGAGCAAAUUUUACUGUAUGGACAAUGACUAUGUUGCUCUCAGUGAAAUUCUUUGUACAGUCUUCUUCGUCUCUGGCAUUGUUACUUUCAUGCAAACUACUUUUGGUAUCAGAUUACCAAUACUACAGGGUACCUCUAUAAGUGUUUUGACUUCUGUUAUUUCUAUACUGAGCCACCCACAAUGGAAAUGUCCAUACACAGAAGCGAGGAACAAAUAUGGUGAGAACGUGACAUUUACUGACGCAGGAUUACCAGCCGUUGGCAGUCCGGAGCAUCAAGAAAUCUGGCAUAAACGAAUUCGAGAGAUCCAAGGAGCCUUAAUUGUCGCUUCAUUGUUUCAAAUGGUCAUCGGAUUCACCGGUGUUAUGGGGUUCGUACUGCGAUACAUCGGUCCUCUAGUUAUAACACCGACAGUGACUUUGGUUGGUUUAUCACUUUUCCGAACUGGAGUUGAAAUGGCAUCGCAGCAGUGGUGGAUAGCUUUAAUGACGAUCCUGCUUAUAACCAUAUUCAGUCAGUAUUUCACAAAUGCCAAGAUGCCUUGCUUUUCCUGUGGGAAUGAAAACAGCGAGACGCGUUUCAAGUUGCCACUAUUCACACUGUUCCCGGUGAUGUUAGCGACCUUGAUAUCAUGGGGUGUCUGUGCUGUUUUGACAGCCGCAGGUGCUCUGUCAGAAAAUCCCGGAGAGUGGGGCUAUGCUGCAAGGAUUGAUAUAAGAUUACAUGUUUUGAGAAAUGCUAAAUUCUUUCGGUUUCCUUAUCCAGGUCAAUGGGGCUUACCUACAGUUACCGUUGCAAGCGUAUUUGGAGUUCUUGCAGGAGUUCUAGCAGCCAUGUUUAAAUCAAUUGGUGAUUAUUACGCGUGUGCAAAUGUAUCGGGAGCUCCACCUCCUCCUGCGUAUGCAAUUAAUAGGGCUAUUCUAGUGGAGGGGCUAGGAAACCUUUUAGCUGGACUAUGGGGAACAGGACAAGGCACAUCUUCGUUUAGUCAAAAUAUUGGAGUUAUUGGUAUCACUAAGGUUGGUAGCAGACUCGUGUUCCAGGUUGCAGCAUGUAUCAUGAUAGCACUUGGCUGUCUUGGAAAGUUUGGUGCUGUGUUUGCUUCUAUACCAGAACCUAUCGUUGGUGGACUGUUCAUGGUAACAUUUGGUAUGAUAACGGGAGUAGGGCUUUCCAAUCUGCAGCAUGUAGACUUGAAUUCACCUCGGAAUAUCUUUAUCGUCGGUGUGUCUUUAUUCCUUGGUCUGAGUAUACCUGUCUGGAUGAAGGAGAAUCCGAACGCCAUCAAUACAGGUAGUGAAGUUGCAGAUCAGAUAUUGUCUGUGUUGCUUGGAACAAACAUGUUGGUUGGUGCUCUUGUCGCUUUUGUACUUGACAACACUAUUCAAGGCACACUUGAAGAGAGGGGUAUCAUCGCCUUGCUGAGGAAAGAUAUUACAACCACGGAAACACAAAUUACCAAACAAAAUGUGUAUUGGCUUCCAUUUAUACAGGAAAGACUAAAUAACAUUUCCACGUUAAGAUAUUUUCCAAUAUGUCCGUCAUUUUUAAAGGCAAGGGAAAAUAAAGCUCAGACCAGCAAUUAGGAGAAAGAGCUUGCAUCAGUUACGCACUGUUCUUAUCAAAACGGUAUUGACAACACAGCUCUAUUAUGAUUUAAUCAAUACAUUUAUUAAAACAUGAGCUAAUAAAAUCAAUGGUUGCUUUAGUUUCACAAAUCUAAACCUAGU